UGGGACAGGUGUUUAGGUGGGAAGUAACUUCAAGUUACUAUUACUUGCUUAGGCCCAAAGAUUCUACAAACGACGGCGGGAAAUAAACUAAUAUUUGGCGGGAGUGGUUGCGCACUUUAUUGAAACAAAACAUUACGAAUUCCACUACUCCUAAAUUUCUUUGUUUUGCAGAAAAUAGGGCGAUGGAAGACGAGGCGACGAGGCCUAAAGUGGCGGUGGUGGUGUUUCUGCUGAAAGAUAGAAAGGUCCUCUUAGGGCGGCGCCGCUCUUCCGUCGGCCGCGACACCUUCCCUUUGCCCGGCGGCCACCUUGAGUUCGGGGAAAGCUUCGCGGGAUGUGCGGCGAGAGAGGUGAAGGAGGAGACGGGACUAGACAUAGAAAAGAUCGAAUUCCUAACGGCGACCAACAACGUCGUAACCGAGGUUCACAAACCUCUGCACAUCGUGGCGAUAAUGAUGCGGGCGGUUCUGGCCGAUCCGGAUCAGACCCCGCAGAAUCUGGAGCCGGAGAAGUGCGAGGGCUGGGAUUGGUACGAUUGGAACGAUCUGCCGCGGCCGCUGUUCGGGCCGUUGGAAGCCAUGGCUCGCGGCGGAUUUGAUCCCUUUUCCCGCCAAUUUUCAGAAACGUCAGCUUACUGUAUUGAUUUUUCAGCCGGAAUUUAGGGCACAUGAUAUUUUGGUUUGUAAGAAUGACUAUUUUUUUUGAGAGGUGUAAGAAUGACUAUUUGAGAAGUCUUUAUUGCAUAGAAUUUGAACUUGGAGUUUCAUUGCUGCUA